AUGUCGACAGUGGCCACUACACCAACUGUGACGUCAGGGACGGGAAAAUAUGACGUCAAAUCUCCAGACCAAUUCAAGUCAAAGUCGCCUGAUAAGCAGGAGAGAAUUUCCAGCAAGGGCUCCACCUCUUAUGUUGGAGCCUUUAGACCAAAACGUCAACCACUGGAAAGCAUUAUGACAACUACAUCUUCAAAGGGAAAACCACUGACAGACAAAUUGGAGAACAGGUUAACUAUGAAGGACCUCAACAAGUUACAGCGAGCUUUUAUGACUGAAGGCGAUGGGUAUGACAACAAACUUGCUCUGUACCGGGACCAGUUCUGUGAGGCAUUGUCUAUUCUGCUGGAGAAAGGAACCCGAGAAGAGUAUGGAGAACUAUUUGACAAGAUUGACGUCGCACGGGAGGGGAGUGUCGACUGGGACAAGUUUGCUUCACAUAUGCUGCUGGAGUUUUACGAAAAAGAUGAUCGUGUGAAGUCUACACAGGUCCCCCAAUGGAAAGAUUUGAAGCCCUUACCAAGUCCUCACAAAGACGUCAUACAGAAGGUGGUCUUCCUGAAAAACACAAACAAAUAUAUAGCAGUCAGUAAGGAGGGCACAAUAUCUAUCUGGCCUCAGGAUCUAAAGCAGUCAAGGUCAUUUAAGACCGGAACAGACACUUGUAAAGGUCGUGACCUUUGGAUAACACAUUUCUGUGCUUUACAGAAUAUCAACAAAUUGGCUCUGGCCUUUACGAGUAAAGAGAUUUGUAAGUCAAACCCUAACAACCCGAAUGAAGCCUUGUUGGUGUGGGGAGAUGUCGGUGGUUUUGUUAAUGUUAUAUUUUUUAAUUCUGCCAAUAUUGCCUUGUUUGAGAGACCACCAGCACCUGCCGGGGAAAAGCAAGAUCGGUUUUCAUUAAUGAUUAUUUUGUGAUAUUCAGAGCCAUGUCUGAGUGUCCAGCUACAGGAUGUGAUUGGGGAACAGACGUACAAAAACGCCAAGUAUACUGUCCACGAGGCACACAAAAAGGAGUGGGUGAGACAGGUGCGUUACUCUCAGUACCUUGAAUGUUUCAUCAGUUGUGCUACAACAAAUAUUAACUCCAUGGUGAUAGGUUGGAUGGAGAAACACACGUCUGUAACUCCUAGCAAAAAUCAACAGAUUAGCAAGGAAAUAUUACGAAAGUCUGAGUUUCACAUAUCACAGGGAAUCAAUGCAUUUGAUUACAAUCAAACACUUAACCUCAUAGCCACAGCUGGUGUGAAUCACCAUGUCUGUCUUUGGAAUCCAUAUGUAGUCUCCAAACCAAACGGGGUGCUCAGAGGUCACAUGGCAAGUGUGAUACAGGUGCACUUCAUGAAGAGUCGUGCUCAGCUGAUUAGUUUCUCUAAGGACAAAGUCUUGAGGAUCUGGGAUGUUCAGCUCCAAGUUUGUAUACAGAGACUUGCAGGAAUGUUCCCUAAAGGACCAGAAGUCUACAGCUGCCUGUAUUUUGAUGAACAAAGAGAGAGAAGUGGGCUUGAGAAGAAUCGCUUGCUCAUCACAUUUAAUUACCAGCUGACUAUGAUGGAAAUGAAGGCAGAGAUUCGGGAUCGUGUCAUGUCACAUGACAAACCUGUGAUCGCUGCCAUCUAUAACAGUACCUACAAUCAGGUGGUCAGUGUUUGUCAGUCAGGAAUCCUCAUUAUCUGGAUGAUUGAUACAGGUCAAAAGGUCAAACAGUUCAGCAGUGCCCAUGGCAAUGCAGAGGUCACAUGUCUGUCCCAAGAUCCAACUGGUACAAAGUUAUUUACGGGCAGUACCGAUGGCACUGUUAAGAUCUGGGAUUUUAACGGUCACAACUCUCAUUCUCUGGAGUGUGCUGGUGGUCAACCAGCUGAUGUAGGACAAGUCCUGAACCUCAAACGCAGCGUAGUUGUGGUGGGAUGGGCAAGAUAUGUUACAAUAUUCCGAGACUCAGCUCUGCGAGACACUGGUGCCCUGUUCUCAACAGUCCAACCGUCAGAAUGGAAAGGAGGACAGAUGCAUUUUUUGAUUUAGGAACAUCCAGAGGAUAUUCUUUGCUGUACCUUUACGAGUCCAAACACCAUGGUAACUGGAUCAUAUGAUGGAGAAAUCGUUGUCUGGAAUACAAACUCUGAGCAGGCAUCACGUCAUUUGAGUCAACGCUCUCGCCGGAAGAUGCUGAAAUCUAGCACAAAAUCCAUUAUUUCUUCUACAAAUAGAGAUGUGACAAGAACAUUGGAAUCCGAUGCUGAAUCAUGCCCAAGAUCUCGCCCCAACUCUCGUCCCAAGUCUCGUCCUAAAUCUACUUCUAAUGGUGGAACUAAAGAAGAACAGAAUGAAUUUGGAUUUGCCGUUUCACGACUGAUUUUCUUGGAAAGCAGAAAAACUAAUUCUGGUGGUGGUGGUGCCAAUCUGAUGUCAUGUGGUGGUGGUGGCAUUGUUAGGUUCUGGAACACUUCUACCAGUUCUUUAGUGGCAGAGUUCACAGCCCACACUAAUGCAAGCAUCAUCAUGGCAACUGAUAAACUCAAUCAAUGGUUAGUGACUGGUGAUGCUGAUGGAAAUAUCAAAGUGUGGGAGAUCACAGAAUACUGCAUGCAUAGCCAGACUGAUGUCAUACUCAAGUCAAGUCCUCCGAUGAAGUGUCAGUUCCAGGCACAUACAGACAUGAUCAACUCUAUUGAUAUGUGUGAGAGAAAUGAACGUAGCCUUAUCAUCACGGCUUCCUCUGACUGUAGUGUGGCUGUCCAUGAUGUUCGUGGCAACAAAAUUGGAAUCUUUGGACAGGAAGAACAUUGGAAAAUUGAGACCUAUGACCCAGCUGAGGAGUUAGAAGAUGAAGAAGGAAACAGUGAGGAAGUGACUGAGGAACAGGAGGAGGAAGACUUAGAGAUAGAGGUGGAGAGUGUGUGGGAACCAGAUGAACGUGCCAUUACAGAACCUGAUACACACAGAUUCAACACCUGGGACAAUACAUGUUUAGGCAAAAACUACCAAGAGACACGAGUACGUAAACGAGAGAGAAAACAACCAGGUACAAUACCCAACCUGCCCUACCUGACAUGGGAGAAGACAGGACAAGCACCUGCAGGUCCUUACUCUGCACUGGAGACACAAGUGUUAUUGGACUUUGACCCACCGUCUAAGCCUGACGUUGUAACCAUGACGCAGACUGCCAAUCAUCCAAUCAACAUCCCCAAACUUCCUGCACUUGUUGACACACUAAAACAGCCGGUUCCAGAGAAAGAAAUCUUCCCUAAAUACAUUUUGGAUUUUGAGGCAAAAAUGAAAAGUUACCACAAGAUGCAACUGAAUCAACAACUGGGUGGUGGACUGAAAGGAAAACUUGGUGUUGGAGGAGGAGCAGGCCGCACAAGUCUACAGAAUAUAGGGCUUCAGCUUGGACAACACGCUCUCAAAUCUCCGCCUAAGGCACUCAACAAAUCACUCAAAGUUGGGGGAAGGAAACCAGGAUCUCGACGAACCUCAGUGUCCGUCUCAGAUAUGUCCUAG